UCUGUGAAUUAUAUUAAUUACAAGAUUUGUUUUCAUAAAACAAAAAGUCAAUAAAAAAAAAGUAAUUUUUUAUUGAAUCAAAUAUUUUUUUUUAUUAUUUUUCUAAUUCAAAAUAUUAAUUAACAGUGAAAAAUAUAUCUUUUAACCACGCAGUUAUUUUUAUUGUAUUUGAUUUAUUUCUUUACUCUUGAAAAAUAUGGCCUCGGCUACUAUAUCACCAACCGAAGAUGAUGAAUUGACCUUACCUCGUGCAUCGAUUAAUAAAAUGAUCAAGGAAAUUUUACCACAUGUACGUGUAGCGAAUGAAUCCCGAGAAUUAAUAUUAAAUUGUUGUACAGAAUUUAUUCAUUUACUUUCUUCUGAAGCAAAUGAAAUUUGUAAUCAACAACAGAAGAAAACUAUAAAUGCUGAACAUGUUCUUCAAGCACUCGAAAAACUUGGAUUUGGAGAUUAUAGUGCAGAAGCGGAAGCAGUUUUGCGAGAUUGUAAGGCUGUCGCAGCUAAACGAAGACGUCAAAGCACUAGAUUAGAAAAUUUGGGAAUUCCAGAAGAAGAACUUCUUAGACAGCAGCAAGAAUUAUUUGCAAAAGCAAGAGAAGAACAAGCAGUAGCAGAACAACAGCAAUGGCAACAAUUACAAGCAGUUGCACAAAUGGCUUCAAUGCAACAAGUCGAUAGCGAACAAGAAGAUUAUUCGUAAAAGUUUGUAGCUUUGUAUUAAUGUAUUUAAUCAAUUCAUUGACAACAAAUAAGAGAUAAUUGUUUUCAUUUUAACAAAUUUAAAAUAAUUGCAACAAUAUAUCACUUUAAUUUUUCUUUGA